AGCUCCCCACGGAUCCUUGGUGUCCCCACCUGCCCCACGGUCACGAAGCCAUGCAGAUCCUGAGGUGCCCAGCCCAGCUGCAGCUCCUGGAGGAGAUCCUGCGGAAGAGCCUGCCCACCACCCUGCCGGUCCUGGGGACAGUGAUGACGGUGGCCAGGGGGAACCCGGCCUCCCACGAGGUGCUGGUGGACUCCUGGCCCAAUUUCAGCAUCGUCCUGACCCGCCUGCGCCCAGAGGACCACAGGGACCCCAAGGACUACUACACCAACCAGCUGUCCGUGUUCUACCGGAACAAGGGAGCCCUGCAGGCACUGCUGGAGGGCACUGAGGCCAUCACCCGGGAAAGAGCCUUCCAGAUUCUGGGGAUGCAGGAUGGGCUGGACCAGGCCGUGCAGGAGGUGGCCAUUGCCAGGGGCCUGAAGGUGGAGACGAUCCAGUACCGGGCACUGAUGAGCCCUGAGCCCCCCCAGCCCCGCAGGCAGAUGCCCCCGGGCCUGCGCCUGGCGCCCGUGUCCCCAUCCCACAUCUCUCUGCUCAACGCCACGUGGGCGCUGGGGGGCAAUGCCCGCAGCCGGGCGUUCCUGCUGGGGCUGGUGCGGGCGCUGCCCUCCGCCUGCCUGCUGGGCCCGCGGGGCCGCCCGGUGUCCUGGAGCCUGCUGGACGGGCAGGGCUGCCUGCGCCAUGGCUACACGGUGCCUGCCUGGCGCGGCCACGGCCUCACCGGGCUCCCGCUGAACGCGCUGGGCCGGGAGCUGCACGCCCGUGGCUUCCCCAUCUACUGCGCCGUGCUGCCCCACAACACGGCCUCGCUGCACGCCCUGCAGGCCAUCGGCUUCGAGCCCCAGCCCGGAACCUUCCACAUGAUCCUGGGCACCCCCAAGUAGUGCCCAGGGAGGGGAGUGCCUGUCCUCAGGGUGGGGUUACCUGAACCCCCACCCUGUGAGAGAGGGGAACACCCCAAUCCCCACACUUGGAGCCCUUCACCCUGAUCCCUGCUGAUGGCACUGACGGGAGCAGCCCAAAUUCCACACGGAGCCGUGACUGGGGUGCGUCACGGGCGAGGCAGGGGGCUGGAGAAAGGCUUUUAUUCGUUCAUACAAGAAUAGA